AUGCACCAAUAUGUAAAGUUCUUGAAAGAGCUUAUCAAUAAAAAGAGAAGUUGGCAAGAGAAGGAGACAUUGCUUCUCACAGAAGAAUGUAGUGCCGUGAUUCAAGGGGAUAUUCCACCAAAGCUUAAAGAUCCAGGGAGUUUUGUAGUUUCAUGUACCAUAGGCAAGAUGGCCUUAGACAAAUCUCUCUGUGAUCUUGGUGCUAGUAUCAAUUUGAUGCCCUUAUCAAUGAUGAGAAAGCUUACCAUAGAGGAACUCAAACCUACCAGGAUGUCUUUGGUGAUGGCUGACAGAUCAAUCAAGACACCUAAUGGCAUUGUGGAAAACUUAUUGGUGAAGUUUGAAAAGUUUAUCUUCCAUGCAGACUUUGUGAUUUUAGAUACAGAAGAGGAACGAAAUAAGUCAAUCAUCCUGGGAAGGCCAUUUCUAGCCACAACAAGAGCUAUUAUUGAUGUGGAUAAGGGAGAAAUGAUCUUUAGAGUGCACAAUGAGCAAAUGGUCAUCAAUGUUUUCAAAGCAAUGCAACACCCCCCUGAGCCAGAAGAUUACAUGAGAGUAGAUAUGAUACAGAGUUUGGUGGAGGAAAUGUUGGAAGCCAACCAUCAUGAACAACAAAAAGAAGGAAGGGAAGAAGAUCAGGGAACAAGGGAAGCACAAGUAGCUAAAAUUUCCAUUGAAAAAGAGGUGAAACAAGACAAGAAGGAAAAAGUGCCAAAACAAGAAUUGAAGCCUCACCCUAUUCAUCUCAAAUAUGCAUUCCUUGGCACAACAGAUAGCUUUCCAGUGAUCAUCAACUCUUCCUUGAUUGAAGAAGAAGAAGGAAAGCUCCUCAAUGUACUAAAGGCUCACAAAGAUGCAUUAGGAUGGACCAUUGAUGACUUGAAGGGUAUUAGACCUGCAGUUUGUAUGCAUAAGAUCCUUUUGGAAGACAAUUCCAAACCAGUGGUUCAACCUCAAAGGAGGCUAAAUCCCAUAAUGAAAGAAGUUGUCCAGAAGGAAGUAAUGAAGUUAUAG